AUGCUGUCAGCAUGUACAUAUGACGCUGAUAAUGACUUAUUUCCGAUAGCAUAUGCCAUUGUUAGUGGGGAAACAUUAGAAGAUUGGUCUUGGUUUCUUCAAAAUGUCAAAGACAUAACAAGAUCAGUGGAGUUAACAAUUGUUUCUGAUCGGAAUAAUGCGAUUAUUGGUGCCGUGCAAGCUAUAUUUGGUAGUGGUGAGAGACAUGCAUUUUGCUACCGUCAUGUGAAGGAAAAUUUUAGCAUAGCAUUUACGAAAAUCAAUAGAGGUAAGACGUGUACCUCGAGCAACAUGAAAGAUGAUGCGUUGAAAUUACUUGAUGCAAUUGCCUAUGCAAGGCAUGAGGCUGAAUUUAAUGUUGCAAUGGGGAAUCUAAGAUUGUUUUGUCCACAAUUGGCACAAUGGGUUGAAACCCAAGGGGAUGUAGAUCGAUGGGCUCAAUGCAAGUUUAGAUAUAAACAAUGGGAUAAUAUCACAACUAAUCUUGCAGAAUCCUUUAAUGCUUGGAUUGUGAAAGAGAGAAAACACAAUGUUAAUGUCUUGAUUCAUGAGCAUAGAGAGAAAUUGGCAAAGAAUAUGGUUGCUAGCAAAGCGGCUAUGGGAAAUUGGAAACAUGGUGUCGGGCCUAACGUUGAGGCAAAAGUUAUGGAGCAAGUUGUGAGAGCUGAAAAUUUACACGCACAAAUUUAUAGAGAAAAUUUGAUCUCUGUGCAAACUAUAUCAGUUAAUGGACUAAUACACUUGAAUGUUGAUCUUGCAGCACGUACAUGCUCUUGUUUAGCAUGGCAAAUGAGUGGAAUACCUUGUGUACAUGCUUGUGCAGCAAUCAAGCUACUUCAUGGCAAUGUGUACAAUUUUGUAGAUGAAUGUUACAAGUUUACUGCUCAAGAAAAGAUAUAUGCCACCAGCGUGAAGCCGAUAGCCACACAUGACUGUCCACAUUGA